AUCCAACACCUGAACUGUGUGAUGAAGGUGCUGAUGAAGGUGAUGAUGAUGAUGAUGAUGAUGAAGAGUACAGCAGCACUCAGGAGUGUAAAUUUUUGCAGGCUUUAGGUUCUGCUCAGAUGCACCUCAGUGGAUUACUCAGGAGUAUAGAGGAGAACUCUCAGUGCUCACACACCAGCCGGGGAGAAGAUCGAGAUUCGGCGCGAGAUGAAGGAGCUGCUGCUGACGUCACUGCUGAUCUGCACCAGCGCGCGCAUCACCGCCGCGAUCUACUGGCUGGGUCUGACGGUGAACGGUAGCUCAGUGGGGUGGAAUGAGACGCAGCACUGCCGCUUGCUGCAUGCACUGGUUCCUGAUCAGCAGCAGUUGUGCAGGAGGAACCUGGAGCUGAUGCGCAGUGUAGUGCGAGCAGCUGAGAUCAGCAAGAGCUCCUGCAGACUCGCAUUCAGAGACAUGCGCUGGAACUGUUCCUCUGUAGAGCUCGCUCCUCACUUCAGCCCUGAUCUCGCCAAGGGUACACGUGAGUCUGCGUUUGUCUUCUCUCUCUCGGCGGCGGUUCUCAGUCACACCAUCUCUCGGGCGUGUUCAUCAGGCGAGUUGCCGAGUUGUUCGUGUGCCGCUGCUCCGGCUGAACAGGCGUCACCUGAUUUCCGGUGGGGGGGGUGUGGAGAUAACCUACACUUCGGCCUGCAGAUGGGCACCGCCUUCUCCGACUCCGCCCUCAACAGCAGACGCGCCGCCUCCCCUGCCGUCCGUCUGAUGCACCUGCACAACAACGCAGUCGGACGACAGGCUGUGAUGGAUGCGUUGGAGACGAAGUGCAAGUGUCACGGCGUCUCAGGCUCGUGUUCGGUGAAGACGUGCUGGAAGUCUCUCCUGGAUGUGGGUCACGUCUCGGCUCAGCUCAAAGCUCGUUAUCUUUCUGCUACCAAAGUCACGUCUCGUCAGGUGGGCACACGCCGUCACCUGGUUCCCCGGGACAUGGAGGUGAGACCGGUUCUGGAGACUGAACUCGUUUACCUCGUCAGCUCACCUGAUUACUGCACAUCUAACACCAAGUACGGGUCAUACGGCACCACAGACAGACAGUGUAAUAAGACAGCGAGUGGGAGUAGCAGCUGUAAUCUGAUGUGUUGUGGGCGGGGCUAUAACACCUACACUGAACAGGUGGAGGAACGAUGCCACUGCAGGUAUCACUGGUGCUGCUACGUUACCUGUAAGAAGUGCACACACACCGUGGAGAGACACGUCUGCAAGUGACACACACACACACACACACACACACUCGAGAACCAAGAAAGAAACAGACUCUGACUUCAAGCACUACCCCUCCCUCACCCAGUGUGUGUGAACACAGCCGAGGAUGAAGAGCGCACGUACGUGUGUGUGUGUGUGUGUGUGUGUGUGUGUGUGUGUGUGUGUGCGGUGCGCAUUGGACUUUAUUCACACAAAGCACUGAGAAGAGAAAGAUGAGAGAAAGACCAGAGUCUCUGCCAGACCUUCGAUGUGCCCAUGGAGGAGUGUGUAUCAGAGCAGACUUUUCAGCACAAACACUCUCUGAAGUGUUAAGACGAGGUGUGUGUGUGUGUGUGUGUGUGUGUGUGUGUGUGUGUGUGUGUGUGUGUGUAUGCUCAUGUUUACUUCUGUUUAUGUUGCUGUUUUUGAUGGAGAAUUCUGGGUAAUCUGAGCUCCUGACCUCACACACUUCUGAGUGUGUAUCAUGUUUUUAUUUCACUGAUGUAAAAUAAACUUCUGUGCUUUGUAUUUA